AUGUCGGCUGUCAUGGAUCCAAAUGUGGCCAUGUCUGACGCCGUUUCGUACGCCUUCACGAUUCUGAAGGCUAUGAAAGAAGAUGGUAACCUUCCUAGCUGUGACUACUAUGAGAGAUUGCAGCGAACAAGAGCUAGUGUUGGAAAGAUGAGAGAAAAUCGCGAGACAGGCUCGCGCUCGUUAGGAGUGGCUAAUGGAGGAGAGACAAUCCUCGAAGCGCAGAUACCAUCCCACGAAGCAGACGGUUCAGCGUUGGGAUUUAGUGAAGGUGUUCCGUUAGAUCACCCUCUAAUAGAUAGUUUUCUUGCGGAUAAGGGGUUCGUUUGGACUGACGGGAUGCUUCCCGAAGAUCAGUCUUUGAGAGAUUUGGCUUGCGAAUUGGGCGACGAGUUUCUCUUCGGGGCGCAAUAG